GAAGAGAAAGUGGGAGAUUCUGGCCAUUACUCCUCAGACUCUGACCUGUCAGGUGCUAAUUCAUCUGGAAAUUGCCUCGUUAUUGAAGCAUCCCAGGGGCAUAAAAGGUUCCGGGGAGAACCUUCUUCUGCUACUGAGGGUCUUCGUGAGACAUUUGUGGAAGUAGAAAGUCAGAAGUGGGAUACAGUGACAAACAAUAACAGAAAUUAUACGUUUGGUGGUCAGCUGGAUGGUGUCAAGAUAAAUUCAACUCCAUACUCAAAACAGGCGCAGGGUGUAAGAACCUGCUCAACAACACAAGUCACUGAAAAAGAAGCCAGUGUAUGUGCUGUGACUGUGGAAAGGCAACAGCACCAAUGGAUAAUGUUAUCAACUUCAGAUACUGAGGAAGAGCAAAUACAAGUCUCCGACCAGUUCUCCACAGACCCAGAAGAGUCAGGAGCACAUAUUACACUUCCACCAGUGUGUUCUAACACCAGUGAUUUAACAAAAAUGGUUCCAAUAACAUUGCCACUAGCACUGCAGCCAACCCUUCCAAAAGGUGAUUUAAUGGAGGGGAAGCAGAUGAUUUCUUCCACCGUUUUAUCUCAAUUGAAGAGUUUAGAUAUUUCUGGUAAAGAUAAAGAGUUCCAGAAUUCACAUGAACAGGUUCACACAGAGACAUUCCCAGCAAAAGGGAAUCUGAGUGGUCAACUCCUAGGGCAGCCUAGCUAUUUAAAAACUCAAGUUUCUGCAAAAGAAGCCAGUGUAUCAGCUGUGGCUAAAGACAAUCAGCAACAUACACCUGUAACAGUAGGAGCUUCUGAUGAUAAGAUCGUUGAACUGUUAGCUUCUUUUGAGGAUGAAAUUCACAGUGGAUUGAUUUCCCCACAGGGUGGGGCAAAUUCUCCAGCUCUAGAUUCAAUGAAUGUUGGAAGCAUCGAAGAGUGGCUGAAGCAAUAUGAUUAUGAGGUUUCCAUUAAUCCUACAGAGAGUCCUUUGCAGGGAGGAGGCCCCUGCAUUUUCACCUUCAAACCUGAGCUACCAUCAGGUGUUAACGUGAAAGCUACCUUUGGUAAUUUAGAACCAAAUAUACUGGAAAAGACAAGUCUUGGCUACAUUUGUAAAAUUCCAGCUUCACCUGAAAUGACACCUGCUGUUAUUCCAGUCUUGCUCAUUUCAACAACCACUGGCAAAAUUCUGGCAGAGACCUUUAUAGAGUACUGUGAAGUGGAGAAGGGAGGGAUUUGGCAGACUAUCCAGAGAAUUACAUCUGACCCAAAUUUACAAAGGAUAUUACUCACUCAGUUGCUACUGUACAUGCAAAGUAAUUUUGGUGGAAAGCCUGGAACUUGUGGUAGUGGAAAAAGGGGAGAUGGAAGUAGUGAUGGUGGACCCAGUGGAGGUGGGGCCAGUGGAGGUGGUGCCUAUGGAGGAGGAAGCAGUGGAGAAGGGCCCAGGGGAAGUGGAGCCAGUGGGGAUGGGACUGGUGGAACUGGAGUAAGUGGAUGUGGAAGCAAUGGAUGUGGAGCAUUUGGAAGUGGAGCUACUAGAUGUCAAUACAGUAGAGGUGCCUCACAACCAGGCUCAGAUGCAGUGUGGGAGUUGUGUGAACUUAUACAAAAGUGCAGUGUCUGUAUCUGGAGGCAGAACCCAUUUACCACUCAUAAUAAAGCAUGUACUGAAGAUGAGGAGGAUUUAGAAGAUGAUCAACUGCUGAUGAUUCAUCAGCCAAGCGAUGAAAACUAUUUUGCUGACACUGAGGAUUACUCAAGUGUUUCAUCUGAAAGUGAUAGUGCCUUGUCUGAUUCAGAAAACUGGGAUGAAUCUUUAAGUGAUUCUUCACUUUCAUUCCCCUGGGUGAAUAGUAGAUCAAGAAAAUCUCAAAAAGCCAUUGCAAAAACAGAAUCAACAGAACAUUUUUACAAAGCUGUUAACAGUGAACUGAAUGUGAGCCAUGAAAUCCUAACAGCAUUGACAGAGGGCUUGAAUAGUGAGAUUAGCAUUGGUGAAGAUGAAAGCCAUUGUCUUGAAUGGAACACACAUUUAUCAGGGUCAAAAAAGACUGAAGAAAAUGAUGAGAAAGAUGACCAUAAUGAAAAGCUGGAUUCAAGUCAGGAGUGUGCACUCUGCUAUGAAGCAAGUACCUCACAUACUCUGUUAGCAUCACAGGAUAACACCCUAAUGCUUUGUAUUGAUGUUCCUGCUCUUAAUGUAGAGAAUGAAGAAAGUCAGUACCAAGAUGAUGAACUUUUUGAGACACUUCACACAGAAAAUGCUAAACCUCAACAGUUACAAUCAAUUCUUUCUGUAACUUCAAAUCAGCAAUCAACAACACACACUGGACCAGUUACUCAAAAAGCAGCUCGAUCUCCCUUAAGCAACCCUUUGUGGAUUGGUAUAGGAGACAGCAAAUUAAACAUGGCCUCCCCACAGUGCAGUGACGAAGAAAUACACUCAGGUCAUGAAUGGAAAGAAUCGGGUUUGGCUAGUUGGUUUGAUCUUUGUGAGAAUGAAGAUGCUGAAAAGAAUGAACCUUCAAGAUGGGAAAUGUCAUCUAUGGAACCAAAUAAGACUGAUGGAGGUGUGGAGAAAGAUGUCUUUGACUCAGAGCAGGAUUUAAGCCAGGAACAGAGGUUCUUUUCUGAGAAAGGGAACUUAGAUAUUCACUUAUCAUCACCAGAUGAUACCUCUGUUCAGAGUCUUGGUCCUGAAGUGGAGAAUAAAGAGAGCCAGCUUUAUGUGGACAUACAGCUCGCUCACGCUGCAAGCAAUGGUGACACUCGUGUUGCGAGGUUGCUCAUAAAGAACGGAGCUGAUGUCAACAAAGAAGGAGAGGAAACUCCACUCACUGCAGCAGCACAGAAUGGUCACACGGAUAUGGUUAGGUUGCUUAUAGAGAACGGAGCUGAUGUCAACAAAGAAGGAGGAGGAGAGGUACGUUAGAAGCAUAAAAUUAUAUUUGUAAUGUAGAGUUAAGUGAAAAUUUGAUGGUCAAAUUUUGUUUGGCUUUUCAGUUGUUUUUGCUAUUAAGCAAAAUGUCGUAAGAAAUAGUGAGGUAUUUCUGUUUCG